UAUCAACAAAUCCUAUUGUUUUGUUUUGGCGGUGUCCCAUCGGUACUAUAUUUAUUUACCAAUUUAUAUAGUGUUGUUUAUGUAAUGGGUUUCCUGUACAUACUGGGAUGGAUAUCCCUUGGCAUACAGAUAACGUUCCUCACCCUGUCCAUAGUGGCUGGACUUUAUUACUUGGCGGAACUAGCGGAAGAGUACACGACACAGGCACGGCGAUGCAUUCUUUUCAUGAUCAGCUUCACCAUCUUUGUGUACAUCAUGCUGAUGGUGUUUGAGGACUUGCCCUGGAGCAUGCUGCUGUGCGGCUUCGUGGCGCAGGGCUUCCACCUAUCGAUAAUGGGUGGCUUCCCGUUCAUACGGCUGCUGUCGGUGCCCUUCCUGGGCUCCCUAGUCAUGCUGGUGGUCAAUCACUUGCUAGCAUUUCAGUAUUUUACCACCGUUUAUGUGCCUUUCACGCAGGUGCUUGCCUACUUUACCAUUUGCAUGUGGAUCGUGCCCUUUGCACUGUUCGUCUCGCUCAGUGCCAACGACAGCGUCCUGCCCACGGUGAAUGAGCAGAGCCGGCGGAGUCCGGACGUGGUCAGCAAUUACUUCUCGCGCAACAAGAAGCAGGGGCUGCUCUCCCUUUUCAACUAUAUGAAGGAGCAGCUGCUGCCCGCGCGGAGCAAGAAGGCGUUUUAGAAUAUACAUAGGAUACAUACAUAUAUGUGUGUGCAGAUUGUGGAGUGUGGAAUGGUCUAAAAUCUAGCGUAGUUCCUUUGGUUAUUUAUUUUUUGUACCUAUGUAGAAACCAGACAGACAAACAAGUAUACAUCCAUGUGUAGAUAAAUGCAA